AUGACUAUGUCGUUUGUUCAAUCUGUUCUGGCUGCCCUCGCCCUCCACGUGCUGAGUGUGCUCAGUGCGCGUGUGGAUGGCGUGAGGGCGCACUUCGAGCGCAUGAACCAGCCCGUUGAGGACCCCUUCGGCGACAUGCUCCCACCCAUGCAGGGCAACCCGGUGGUGGGCGCCGCGAUGCGCAAUCAGAUCCAGGGCGCAGCGCCGCCGGUGAUGCCACUAGGAGUCCUGCCGCCAGCCUCGCCGGAAGUGGUCAUGCAGGAGGAGCGCGUCUUGGCCUCCGAGUCUGUGGUGGAUGAGCAGGUGGAGCUGAACCAGGAAGAGCGUAUGGAGGUGCAGUGCGUCGGCAUGGAGCAUCUCCGAGAGGUCACCACUUACGAGAACGAGCAGCAAGAAGCGGCCAACGAGAUCAAAAGCAUUCGGAGCUUCCAACCAUCUGAAGCGGAACACAACUGUCUCCCCCUGCAUCUUCGCAACAAGAAGCUGCCCGGCGGCCUCUUCAGUGACCGCCCCACAUGGUCCAACCCGCCUCCCUUCCCGGAGCGCCUGGGCGAAAUCGUCGUAGAGGGCGUGCACCACACGGACAAGACGCCCACGGGCCACCAUGUAGUUCUGGAGCUGGUGGGAUGCACCAGCUGCGAGAACGACAGGACCAAGGAGGUGGAGUGGGGAGGUCUGCUGGCAAUCGACGAGUCGGGCAGCUAUCGGAAAAUGUACCGAACAUCUGCAUUAGGCCGGCCCUAUGACAACUUUGGCCAUCACCACCUGCGGUUUGGGGACCGUCAGCCCAUCGUGGAGCGACCGUUCUUCCGCAAGCCGGGAGAAUAUCCGCGUGAGUGGAGCACGCGGCAGGUUCCAGAAGAGCAGCAGAAGUAUGUAAAGACCUACAAGUACAAGUACAGCUCCUUCAAGUUCGACUCCUCCACUUUGCCGGAGGUCCGUGCCAUGGCUGAAGAGGCUGUGGCUGGCGGCUCCAACGUGGACGCGAAGUUCGUGCACGAGCAUGAGGCAGAAGAGUUGAAGGUGCUGAAGGAGCUCAGGGAGCAGGAAAAGCGCAUUCCUUUCAACCACAAGCUGGAGCAGAUGCACAUGCACAUCUACCUCUGUGCGGAGCAGGGCGAAGGCUUAGUUUGUCCGGACAAGCCUGCCGAAACGCUCAUGGUGCAUGAUGGAGCUUUGGCUUUUGACAGCUCGAAGACUGCCACCUUCGAUGAGCUUGGCAAGCACUCCGGGCUCUGCACCUACGGACACUGCAUGAGCUCCAGGGGCUUCGAGCUCAAGGGAAAGGUGCUUCCCUGGACCAUGUGCACAGGAUGCACCUCGGACCGUCCCUGUGGCACACACAGCCGUGCUUACCCCCACACUUCCAUGGCAACGCAAAAUUUCUUCAACUGCCUGGUGGAGCGCGCCUAUACUCCCACCGGCCAGGUCGACAUCCUGCAGCAGCAGGAAGGUACCCGGGACCCCAAGGCUCGCAUCGGCUCGGGCUUCAUCUUUCGGGGCGCUGAGUCCAAGGGCCACGUGACCGGUCACAUCAACUGGCACCUCACUGUGCCCCGGGAGGGCCACUGCGAACCUUUCAUGCAAGAUGUGGCCUACGUUGGAAUUGGCAUGGAUGAGUGUGACAAGUGCCCAGGCGGUGAAGUUGACGUGGACAUUGGCAUGGUGCUCCUAAGCUGUAGACGUGAAGGGACCAAGGCCUUGGGAGGUGCCAGCAAGUGUGGGUACUACGAUCACGUGAACUAUAGACACAAGUCCUACAAGAGCACAAACUACCGGAUCUCCGAGGAUGAUCGGUCUGGCGAGGGCGAGGGCGACGACGAGUGGGCCUUCCUCAACUUGGCGGGUCUGAGGACUAGCGGAGUGACGCAUGUCAUGGUCGUUGCCAACAUUUUCGGCUGUGCAAAUGGGCCGCCCAACUCUGAGAUUGGAUGGCAGGACCUGGAAGGUGCCUUCUUGCGCGUGACGGGCUCCAGUGCCAACAGCAAGGAUUUCUCCAAUGCAGAGACCAUCGGCUACGUCGACCUGGACGCUAUGCAUGGGCCCGCCAAUAACGGAGCAGCGCUCAUCAUGUUCUACCUCUCGGAUGACGCUUCGCUGGUGAAGCCCAGCGAGAUGGUGCGCUCGGACGCGGCUGGAGGCACUGGGAGCCACUGGAAGAUGGCGGUGGUGAAGAAGCCGUAUGAGGGCCGUGAACUCUCGCAGAGGAAUGCCUUGAGCGCCUUCGGCCUCGAAGUCCUGUCGACUCAGGAAUCCAGCCUGCCGGAGCAGGUCUCCGACAUGAGUCUGCCAACGGCACUUGGGACCGAACAGAGCAUGGGCCCCAGCGCGGAGUUGCAGCCUGUGCUCUUGGAUGGCAUUGCCGAGACCAACGAUGUGCAUUUCUCCCAGGAGACAUCGGAGCAGCGACGUGCGAAAGAGAUCACCCCGCAGGAGUUCUGGAAGAACUUGGCGGCCACACUGCCGGAAGGUCCACCUGGAACUGACUCCUUCUGUGCAAAAGGCCUGCGGUGA